AGUGCUCCUGGCCCCAGGCCCAGGUCCAGCUCCGACCAGCGGGCAGAGCAGCCGCCCGGAGGGGCCCGCAGCCGCGCCGAGCCGCCUCGGGGAGCCAUGCGUGGCCUCGGCGCUGCGGUGAUCGCCCUGGCCCCCCUGGCCAGCGGGCAGCCGAUACCGUGCAGACCAGCUCCUGGAGCUUCUCAAACCUCCGCGGCCUGGCCUUCGCGCGAUCCUCGUCCUCCAGCAGCGUCUCCUGGGGCCUCGGCAGCGACGGCCAUGUGCACAGGGAGGUGCACCGGGUGGAGAGCGGCGUGUACCAGGACAAGGCGAUGCAGAAGGCGAUGCGCUCGGAGGUGGGCUGCGUCGACGGCCACUGCCGCCAGCAGGUCACGUACGGCUACGAGCCAGCCAGCGCCUCGCGCCUGCAGCGGGCGCUCGAGCUCAUGGGCGUCCGGCGCGCCCCGGCGCUGGCGGCCGCCGUCGCCGUGGCGAAGCAUCGGACGGGGCCAGGACGAGGAGAAAUCCGUUCCAGAGAGUUCCAGAGCGCUCUCAGAGCGUUCUGGAGCGCUCUGCGAAGGCCGCGGUGCCCGACACCUCUUCGGGAGCCGCCAGAUCUCAGAGAUCUUCGAUGGGCUCGAUGUUCCGUAGGUCAUUCCGUAGUUGUUCCUCUAGCCCUCCUCGGGCACCCAGGCUCUUGUCAAGUCGAACCAGGGGGCUCGUUCUUUCUUCAAGUCGCUAGCGUUCCUUAUUUCAGCAGCCCGGCUGAACAUGCCGAUGCCGCUGCUCGUUCUGGAGAGCCCUUGUCGACACGGCUGGAUUCUCGUCGAACUUCUAGCCAGAACGCACCCCAGGAGAGGCCCAGGGAGUAGCGGUAUUAGCAUUGUGGGGUUUCCGAAUGGUCGAUGGCGCUCCGUCGCUCAGGUGGCCCUCGAGUUCGCAGGCUCCUCGCUCCUCGCGGUCCUCGUCUUCGUCCUCGGGAAGCACCUCCGCCAGCGCGUCGAAGCCAGCGAGCUGGCCGUGCCCCUGGCCGGCGACGGCGUGCCGGCGCCGGCGGUCGCCCCAGCGGCCUCGAGGCCAAGGCGGGCCCGCGCGGCGGCGCGCCAGGAGGGCCGUGGCGCAGAGGCCGCGCGGGACGUCGCGAAGGCGUACCUCGCGUGCCUCUACGCGGAGGCCGCCGUGCCGACCGGGGCGUACCUCGCGCGCGUCUACGCCAGGGCCCUGGCCUGAGCGCCUCGCCCGGCCGUCGGCGGCCUGCCCGGAGCUGGGCCACCACAAGCGAGGGGGUGGCUGCAGUUCUGGGAGGGGAGGCGGGACCUGGCCGGUGGCGGGCCGCGUUGACCGGAAUGGAUUUCUUUCAACACUUGCCACAACCUCCACGCCCGCCGCGGCGGUGCAGACGUCACCCCUGCGGCAGGGCGCCAGAAUUGGCCGGAUGGCUCUGUCAAUGGCCGCGGCGAGGCCACAAGAAGAAAA